UAGCAGAGGAUUUGAUGUCUAUGUUUUUGGUUUUAUUGUUUUUAUAAGGUCAGGAUGUCCACACAAAGUCAAUGGGAAUAUCAGACAAUGUAGAGACAUUGUUGGUUACUUGCUAAACUAAAAAAGAUAAAAGGCAUCCUUUGUUCGGUUUGCCUGUGAUGUAGAAGCAUGGGGUUAAAACUGCAUAGUUAUAUAUAAAAUAAAUUUUUGUGUGGAUUUUUGUGUAUGUGUUUGCUAUUUUUACAGUUUCUAGGUACUCUAGAGCUAUUACAGGGGUUCCAAACAUAGAAGUCAUGACCCCAUCUAGGGUUGCUUGUUUUUGAACAUAUUUCUCUUCAUAUGUUUCAUUGUGCAAAUAUAUUGAAGUGUUACUAUGAGUCAAAUUUAGACAAGCCACAAUUAAAGUAAUAUAAUACAUGCUAUUUAAGUCUUUUUCAGUAGAGAAUGUCAGUGUGUUUAACUAGCUGCAUAUGAAAGCCAGGAAUUUGAAGGGUUACACUAAAUAUUUAUUUCUGCUUUAUUAUACAUUUCUACAGAGAGAUAGGCAUAUAGUUCUUAAAGCUUGACUCACACAUUGAGGUUUAAACUUGCGAUAUGGAACGACUCAUGAUAUUCAUGGUGAGUUGUCAACUUCUCUUUUGUAUGAAAGGGAUUCAUUUCUGGAUCAGUGAAUUGUAAACUGAAGCCUAAGAAGUAAGCUGGUUGCUUACCAGUUUUGCAGACAUGAAUCUCUCUCGCACCUGCACUCAUUUCCGUAUUGUUCAAUGUUUUUAUGUUUGUUUUGUUUACGUUGCCACGUGUGUUCAGUUUUGAUUCAUGUCCUGUCUCUGCCUCUUGUGUUGUCAGUGUUUGUUGCCCUAAUAUUUUGCCAUUCUCAGUUUACUGGGUGCUGAGUGGAGCUUCUGGUCACCAAAAGAAGCUCCUGUCUGGAAAGUGUAGCUGUCUUUUAUUGGGGUGUUUGGGGGGCCCAGGCUAGAUGCCAACCUUGAAAACUUUUUUGGAGUGCCACCCUUAUGGAUGAACAGGUUUUACCCAAUUACCAGCUACCCUGAGGUCAUCAUGGCUGACGUGGCGGUCUCCACCACAUAUGUUCCUCCAGAGGCCAACUGGACAGAGCUCCCACCUGGCGAUGAUUGACACGCUCAUGAUGGCAUACACAGUGGAGAUGAUCAGUGUUGAGAGAGUGCUGACCUGUGUACAGAAAUACUCACCUUUCUUUCCAGAGGAAGACUUCCCCUAUGAUGCUGAAGAAGCUGUGACCACCUGGAUUAACAAGGUUAAUGAGUACUUAAGAGAGACCAUGGCUCAUGAGCAAAGAGUAGGAAACAACCUACAGGGAAAACCUGCAGGUCAAAAGUGCAACAAGGAGGACCUUAAAGCACAGCCUGUACUCUAUCUCCCACAAGUGGACAACCUGCUGAAGGAUAACACAGAUGGCUGUGCACUGGCAGCAUUGCUGCAUUUCUACUGCCCCAAUGCAGUGCCACUUGAAGAUAUCUGUGUGAAGGAGACAAUGUCAUUGGCCGAUAGUCUGCACAACCUGCAGCUCAUCCAGGACUUUUGCAGGGAGAACCUGAGUAAUUGCUGUCAUUUCACACUGGAGGACAUGCUUUAUGCCUACAGCUCUAUUAAGAGUAACUACCUUGUGUUUAUGGCAGAGCUGUUUUGGUGGUUUGAAGUGGUCAAACCCUCUUUCGUUCAGCCCUGCACACUUGAGUCUAAAGUUUCCAACCCAGUUGAGGCAAUUAAAAUGGCUCCUGUAACCAAACACAACCUGAUCCACAGGCCAUCCAGCCCUGAGCUACCAAAGUCACCAAGCACUACCAAUUCAGUCAUGAUAAAAAGGUCAAACUCUAUGUCAUAUGUGGACGGAUGUGUGUGGACAUGGCCCAAAGAGAAAAGGUCUUCAGCCCAUGGUAUCUCGUUUGAGAUACCAUUUGAUGACCCUAUGACUUGUAUAUCAGGUAAAGGGUUGAGUCGGUCUGCUAGCUCAGAGGGCCUGGGAUUCAAAGUUCCGAGCUCGGUACGGGGUAUGCGCCGGAACCUCUCUUUCCAACCCGUUAAUGGAAGCACACACACACCGUUACAAGAGGAAGAGGAUGAUGUAGCAUUACACCAUGGUCUUGACAGACCUCAUGUUAGAACUGAAUCUAGGUAUUCAAAUGGGGUGCAUCCAGAUGUCACAAUUCCCCAGCCUCCAACUCCAACUAUAGAGGAGGCUCUGAAGAUCAUUCAUGACUCAGAGUGCUCUCACAGCAGUCUGUGCCCCCCUGUUGGUCAAAAUGCCUUUUUCCUGCACCCCCCUGAAACCCAGGGUCAUGCUGCUCCUAACUCUGAACUGCAAGACCCAGAGGACAAUCUGUCUAAAGCUCGGGCUGAUGAUGGACAACUACAUUCUACAUCCACAGACAUGGAUACAGGAAUUCAUGUUCGCACAGAGGACAUCCAGGAUGGUCAUGAUGAAGACUCAUCUUUAAAGGACUACUCUGAUAUGGACCAAGAUUAUGAAGCCCGUUCAUGCCCAUUACCUGAUACUGGUGGCAGUUUCAGCCCUAUACCAAGUCUCCAGGGUCAGCAAUCACUUGCUGCAAGCUCCACUUCCUCAGUUGGAUCCUCCUUUGCUGUACGCAUGACAAAUUUUGCUGAACAAAAGUUCCGCAAGCUCAACCAUGGAGAAGGGCGAAGUGGUGGACAUACACCUGAAACUGAUAUUAGCACCACAACUGCUAGGGAAGUUGCACGGUCUAUUACACCUGAUGCCCGAAGUCAGGCCAGCUCACCCCGUGACCCAUCUAACCUGUUAGUUUCUGAGAUGGUGCAGUUAAAGAUGAAGCUUGAGGAAAAGCGGCGAGCUAUUGAAGCUCAAAAAAAGAAAGUGGAAGCAGCUUUCACACGGCACCGACAAAGGAUGGGUCGCACUGCCUUUCUCAAUGUUGUUCGCCGCAAAGGAACCAUCUCACCACUAGGGGGUGAUAGUGGCAGUUGCAAAAGUCUAGAUGAGAAGCAAAACAUUGAACCACAACAUAUCUUAACAAACAAUAGCAGCUCUCAAUUAGAGAGGUGUAAGCCUGAUGGGGCACCACUUAAAUUGACCUCAGAGGAAGGAGGAAGUGCAGAGGUGGUAGACUUAGCAGAGUACACACGCUCGAUUGAACGAUUGAAUGCAUCGCUGAGCUUCCUGCAGACCGAAAUGCAGCGCCUGGCACAGCAGCAGGAACACAUCAUGCGUCUACGUGAGCAGCAGUCCUGGGUGAUCUCACCUCCGCAAACGCAAACGCAGACUUCAUUACAGAAACACCUGUGUGAGCUGCGCAGCAGUAGUCUUGUGGGCCGUGGAUCUGUGGGGUCACUUUCCCCAAACUUAUCCACAACAGGGUCGCCCCGUACCACUCAGCGCUCACCUGCCCCCAUGAAGAGAAAGUCCGCUUCGUUCCAUGCCAGAACACCCCGUACCCCACGCCCAAGUGAGCUGAAAGUCACCCCUUUUAGUCGGAUGUUAAACACCCCACAGUCAGUGGACAGUCUACCCAGGCUACGCCGGUUCUCCCCUCGCCAGACACAAACUACUUCUUUUGCGUAUCUGGGACAUGAUGAGGGACCUACUGAUGAGAAACAUACAAAUAAAGAGGAAGUAAAUGCACCAUCAGUGGGGUCUAUAGAUAAGCAAACUGACACAGAUGCAGAAAAGAUUUCUGGUGAUGUCCUCUCCAACCAAGUCAAAGAGAUCCAAGAAGAAAAAGAAGAGAAAGAGAAAAAAAAAGAUGAAGAUGUGAAAGAGAAAUCAUCAGAAGAAGCCAGACCCAUCGAGACAACAGCAGUGUUUCAGGUUCAGGCACAGACAGUAAGGGAGCAUUUGGAAGUGAUGGGUUCAGACAGCACAGGGGAGAGGAAAGACCUGAUUGAGGUGCCUCUCUCUGAACUGAAGCCUCUGGAUGAUCACAAGCUGGAAAGUGGGAAAGUGACUGAGGGCAGGGUGGAGAAGAUGUGUUGUGGGUUCUUUUACAGGGAUGAUCAGAAAGGUGAGGAGGACAUUGCACAAAAGAGAGCAGCUCUCCUGGAGAAGAGACUAAGGAGAGAGAAAGAGACGCAGAUGAAAAAACAGUUACAGGAGCAAGAGAUAGAGCAAAAGAAAGAAAUGUCAAGACUGAAAGCAGAAGAGGACCGCCAGAAAAAGGAGGAGGAGAAGGCAAGACGGGAUUACAUCAAAAAUGAGUAUUUGAGGAGGAGGCAGCUCAAACUAAUGGAGGACAUGGACAGUGUCAUUAAACCCCGUCCCCCAAGUAUCAAACAGAAGAAGCCCCGCCCCAAGUCCAUGCACAGAGACAUUGUGGAAUCUCCUAAACUACCUGCUCAGACACAUACAGGGUCACGACCUCGGGGAUACUCUGUCUCCAGUAUAUCACUUGCCUCACUUAACCUGGCAGACAAUGAGAGUGUCCAUACAGACAAGAGGAUGUCCAGGCGCAGCAAAUUUUCUCCAGGCAAUCUGUGUUUCUUUUUGAGCUCAUCAAAAGGGGCAAAGGCCAGACCAGAAAUCACAGAAGGUCAGCUGUCACCCUGUCCAGCAGUAAAUCGGAAUGGGGAGAACUGGGAAAACGAAUCAACAACAUCGUCAGCAGCAUCUAACACAGAAUACACAGGGCCAAAGCUUUACAAGGAGCCCAGUGCCAAGUCUAACAAGUACAUCAUCCAGAAUGCAUUGGCCCAUUGCUGCUUGGCAGGAAAAGUCAACGAGGGACAAAAGAACAAGAUCCUAGAGGAAAUGGAGAAGACAGAGUCUAACAACUUCCUUAUCCUGUUCCGAGAUUCGGGUUGCCAGUUCCGAUCACUCUACACAUACUGCCCAGAGACAGCGGAGAUCAGCAAGUUGACAGGCAUCGGCCCCAAGGCCAUCAUGCCCAAGAUGAUAGAGAACCUGUACAAGUACAGCUCGGAUAAGAAGCAGUUCUGCCACAUCCCAGCCAAGACCAUGUCAGCCAGUGUUGAUGCCAUUACUAUCUACAAUCACCUCUGGCAGACUAAGAAGCAGAGCACACCCAAAAAACUGCUUAAGUAAAGAAGGUGGAACACAAGGCAUCUUGCACUACACACCUCAUUGGAGUUCAAGCUAGGAUUUCAGAGACUUCACAUUAUCACUGUUUAUCUUUUUCUUCUGAGAGUGAAAGGAAUGACAUUUCACUACAUACAUGUUACACUCAACUUGAAUGUAGAUAUUGAGGUUGUGCAGGACUUGUUUGUCAUGUAGCCAACAUCACUUUAAGAUGAACUGAGAGUGAACACAAUAUAGCUUGUUUGCAUGUGACGUGUGUGCGUGCCAAAGCCACAGGUUAAACACCAUUGCUUUUUACUAGUUUUUACAUUUAUUCUUGCUAACACUAAACUUGGCUGAGCGUGUGUAUUGGUGUAUUAUCAUAAAGAGACACAGAGGGAUGUUACAAUUACCGUUUAAAGAUAGUGACAUUUAUGAAGUGUCAUUUUGUUUACUGGAACCUAAGCACCUGAAUCUCUGAAUUCUCUGUCUGAAUUUAUUUAUAUUUUGGUAAUUAUCUUAAAGUUGGUGCAAAAUAGCUUCUACCAGGUAUGAGUAGUGUGUUUGUAUAUAAUGGCCUUUAUUUUGAUCUGACUGUGUAUAUUAUUUGGCUUGUACACAUCAUUGUGAGGCCUUUUGUGAUUUUAUGGAAAUCAGCACGGAUUUUAAGCUGCUAAACCAUAACAUAUCAUUCAUGUAAUGACUGUGUAACGAUCUCUUAAAUGUAACAUUCUCAGUUCAUGUAAUAUGUUCAGGUAAAAACAUACUGGUAACAUUUCUUUUAAGACAGCUUGAGUACUUUAUGUUGACAAGUUACUAGUAAAAUCAAAAUAAUUACAGAAUAUAGUAUGAUCACGCGUCCAUACCAAUGCUGCCGAUAUAGAUAUAAGUUUAAGCAAGUCUAAAUAACUUAAGUAUGAAGUGCUUUCCCAAGAGCUGUUGCAUUUUUACAAGCUUUGUAUCAAGCAUUGCUUUUUUUUCUAUCUUCAGGUUCAAAAGAUCUGAACAAUGUAUUUAUUUUUCUCUAGCAGAAGAAAUCAUCCAUCAAAUUUAUCAGAGCUGUACAUAUUAUAGUUUUGCAUAUUAAGCAUAUUUUUAAAGCCAUUGGAUAUUACUGAUAUUUUUCAUAUUAACUAGGAAGUGCUUUAACUUUGAAAGGUAUUAUGGGUUAUUGUUGCCAAGGAGCAAAGCCACAGUUUAUCUAUGAGUGUUUCUCAAUACAUGAUUGCAUUGACUUGUAUUUCUGGGAAGAAUCUUUUUGCCAAUUCCAAACAAGCUUGCACUGACACGGAGAACAAAACCACUUCACUAUGCGUAGAAGGUGCUUGAUGCUUAAUGUUAACAGCUUCUAGUGAGCUAUUGGUUGUUUAACUGGGUACUUGAAUACCCAGUUCCCUACCAAGUUGAAAGUUGCAUCUUUAUAUUGCAUUGAAAUUCUUUCUUUAUAUUAAAUUAAUCCUCAAUAUUUGGGGGGGACUCUGCUAUUAUAGCUGUUAAGUAUUUUUAAUGUUCUCAUACUUAAAUUCUUAUUGGAAAAGUUGUUUGCAUUUAAGUUAAACCACGGCAGUGGAUGAAGUCAAAUAAGGAUGCAUAUUGAGAAAGACACUUUAACAGCAUGAAAAACCUAUAUUCUACUAUUCUAAAUACUAUUUUAGAUAGAAUGUCGGCUCUGGUCUGUACCUAUUGUGGAAUAUUAUUUUGAUACACAGUUUAGUAUAGUUUCAGUCAUUGUCUAUGUAACAGCUGAAUAUUCACUUUUCCUGUUCCUUCAUUCCUCACUGUUGUGCGUGUACUUAUUGUCUGUGUUUUCUGUUUGUGUUCUCUAUUGGAACGCCAAUAAUCCUGUAUCGCUGCACAAUACAGAUUUUCAUCCAAAUAUUA